AUGACAGGCGUUGGUUUGGCACAAGCGCCGGCGUCUGCCGAGCGCCCUGCGCAGGUGCGGAGGCGGAAGGUCUCGUUCCGGCCCUUCUUCGACUCCCUCAACGAGUGCAAGCGCCGGGGCGACUGGCUUGGCGCCCUGGAGCUGCUGCAUGCCGUGGGCCAGCAAGGCCUCCAGCCCAACAAGGUGGCCAGCACCACGGCGGUGGCCGCCUGCGCUGCUGGGCAGACCGGGGAGCGAGGCGGCAUCAGCACGCCAGCGCCGCGCUUCUGGGGCACCAGAGAAGUGGGCCGCUGGAGAUGGGCUGUGAACCUUGUUGACGGGAUGCGCGCCCAGCAGCUGGAGACCAACUUGUUCGCAUGGGGCGCCUGCGUCGCCGCCUGUGAAAAGGCGGAGUUUGGCAGCUUCUUGCCACAAAGCAGUGGUGGAAAUUCUGGCGCAUUCCAUGAGCGAAGAGGCCCUUGGCCGCUGGGCCUCGAUGUGCUGAAGACGGCCCAGCACCAAGGCUGCGGCGAGGGCGUGGUGCCCAUGAGCAGCGCCAUGGCUUGCUGCGAGAAGUCGCGCUUGGGCUGGGACCGAGCUCUGGGCAUUUUGCGCCUCAUGCCCAGAAGCUCCGUGGAAGCCAACGUGGUGAGCCUCGGGGCAGCCAUUAGCAGCUGUGAGAAGAGCACGAUCUGGGCUCCUGCUUUGGGCUUGCUGGGCGCGGCACGACGCAGCGGCUUGCAGCCCAACACGAUUGCGGUGAACGCCGCCAUCUCGGUGUGCGAGAAGUUCGGCGCCUGGGAGACGGCCAUGGAGCUGCUGCCGGCCAGUGCCACCGCGGUGUCCUUUGGGGCCGCCCUGGGAGCCUUCGAGCCAGGCGGCUGGCCUUGGGCGCUGCAGCUGCUGAGGCGCCUGGCGCAGCGGGGCCUGCAGCCGCUGGUGAGCACAAUGAACUCCGCCUUGGGGGCUUUGGGUUCCACCUGGCGCUGGGCGAGUGAGCUGCUAGGCCACGAUGGCCUGUCGCCCGACACGGUGAGCAUGGGAGCGGCGAUCGGCGCCAUGGCCCGCGGCGUGGCGCCAGGCUGCGAGGGGCCGCUGCCUGGUCUCAGCAGCCUGCGACGCCGGCUGCAGCGGUGGCCAGGAGACCACAGCUCACAAGACGCCCUGGUGCUUCAGGCAGCAGGCCGCGCUGGCCGCUGGCUCCUGGCGCUGCAGGUCUUCCUUGAUGCGGGCGAGGCGGCGAAGCAGGUGCCGCUCAGAUCCGCCGCAGGGCCUGUCAGGGCCUCGCUGCUGUGGAGCCAAGCGGCCUGGUCCUGCGAGGCCUCGCAGAAGCCCGGCGCUUGGCGCUUGCCCGGCGGCCUGGCCAUUGCGCGCCAGGAGAGCUCAAGCGAGCAUGCGAAGCACCAGCAUGCAUUUAUCAUGCGGCGCCGCAACAAGCUGCGGCCGCAGCCGCCGCCAGCGCCGCCGCCGCCGCACAUUCAAGGCCAAGAAUGGGGCGAUUGGAGCCGGGCACCCAAAGGCGGCGGUCGCAAGCGGAAGCGGAGGGAUGACUGGCACUCGCAGUGGGGCGAGUGGCAGUGGCGGGACGAGAACGACUGGGGCCAAUGGGUCAAGAAGGAUUGGGAGGACGACCAGGAGUCUGUGUGCACCAGCGUGCUUGGUGCAGCAGGGAGCUCAACUACUACGCAAGCGCCCCCAACACCAGCGACAGUUUCGCCAGUGACUCCGUCGGAGAAUAGCGGAGCGGUGCAGCCGAAAACAGAGCCAGAGGAUGACGAGUCUUACUCAGAAGAUGAACCAGGCAGCUACUUGCACAUCAUCAGCCCCCCGCAGCCCAAGAAGAUGCCGCGCCCGGCGGUGGCCACGGCCGUGGCCACCGCCAAGUACCUCCCCCGGCCCAAGGUGCGGCUCCCGGCUGCGCCGAAGGCGCGGCCAACCUGCAAGAGCUCCGCGCUGGUGCCGCUUCCGCCGCCGCCGGAGCGGGAGCCGGCCUUCCAAGGCAGAGCUGGCCCGGCCGUGGGCAAGGUGUCCAGGUUUAACCUGACCUCCACGGGUCUGCGGGUUCUGCCCCCGUCCAUGGGGAUGUUCCGGAACUCCAAGCGCAGCCCUUUACCUGGACCACCUCCAACAGAGGACCCGCCCUCCUGGGCGGUGGUACUCGAUGUACCGGCGGCUUUGCCAGCCUUGCCUCCGGCAGAGUGCACGGCGCUUGCCCCGCUUGCACCGCCUGGGCCUUGCGCAGGUGACGAUCUGAUCAAAGUAGAGAUAGACGAGGGUGCGGCCUCCGUGGCAGAUUUGCUGAAGGAGAUGAUCUCACCGAACGACACCGAAUUCGUGCAUGCAGUGCAAGUCAUCAAGAGUCGCUUCGCGGCUGCACUUUCUGGAACAGGUCAGGCUGCAAACAUCAACUUCGACGUGCAAGUGGGCAAUAGUGGCGAUGCGGGCUUCGGCGCGAGCGGCUUUGGUGGCUUCAGUGACGGCUUGGGCGGCGGCUUCGGCGACUUUGGCGGUGGCAUAACUCCCCCAGCCAUUAGCCCCGCCAUCGCUGGCUCUGCAGGCGAGGAUCAGUACUACUCUGGGAAUGGCAGUUGGGUUAACGCAUUGCCGCCCUCAUUCGCAGUCGAGAAAAUCGUGGACGUGGGCGAAAUACGCUUCUCUCAAAGAUCAAUCAAGCGAAGGUUUCAGGACGGAAAGACAUUUGAGGAGUUGUGGUCCGGGUUGCGGAACGGAAGCGUCAAUCCCAUGACGUCGCCCUUCUUGAUUCUCACGGUGGUGGAGAAGGCAGACUCGCGGGGCCGCAGGGCCCUGUACUCCAAGGAGAAUCGGCGACUUUAUUGCCUCAAGGAGCACCAGAAGCGCGUCGGAGGAGAAUUGCCCGUCCGAGUUCGCAUCCUGGCGUGGCACGACGUGGUGGAUGCAUGCAAAUUUCAAAGGAAUUAUGACACAGAGACAGACGGCGUUGAAAUCGCAGUUCGCUAGCAUGGGAACA